AUGGCCGCAGUGGUGGAGGAAGGACAAGUGAUUAGCUGCCACACUAAGCAGGAAUGGGUUGAUCGCUUUAACAAGGGCAAGGAAUCCAAAAAGCUGGUUGUGGUUGAUUUUACUGCUUCAUGGUGCGGACCUUGCCGCUUUAUUGCGCCUGUCCUUGCGGAGUUAGCCAAGAAAAUGACACAUGUCAUAUUUCUGAAAGUGGACGUUGACGAACUGGAGGAGGUUGCUAAGGAGUAUAGCAUAGAGGCCAUGCCGACUUUUCUCUUCUUCAAAGAAGGUGCAGUUGUGGACAAAUUUGUUGGUGCAAAGAAGGAUGAACUGACCCAGACCAUUACUAAACAUGCUGCUGCAGCCACCUCCUCUAGUGCUUGA